GGGGAUGAAGAUGUGAAGCCCUGCUUGGAAAUCAAUCAACCAAUAAAUCAAGGAUUUGAACCCACCUCAGGGAUUGUGUGGGUCUUAUUCCAGGAUAAUUGCGCUUCCUCUCAAGUGUCCGCCAUGAUCAGCAUGAGCCCAAACAGCACAGCAUCCUGGACUUUUGGCAACGCUUCACUUGUCAGCCACGCGGAUGUGUCAAGAGUCAGCAACACGAGCGGCGCGGAAGCAUAUCUUCAAAAACUGGCUCAUCUGGACGAAGGACUUUACAAUGAUUUCUACGGACUAUGGAUUGCGCUCAUGGUCAUUAACGUCAUCAUUUUCCUGGUGGGGCUGGUGCUCAACACGUUGGCUCUGUAUGUGUUCUGUUUCCGCACCAAGCAAAAGAGCACGUCGGUGAUCUACACCAUCAACCUGGCCGUGACCGACCUGCUGGUCAACCUCUCUCUGCCGACGCGCAUCCUGCUUUAUCACAGCGGCGGAGCCUGCCUCACCUGCUCCUACUUGCACAUCUUCAGCUACUUUGUCAACAUGUACUGCAGCAUCCUCUUCCUCACCUGCAUUUGUGUGGACCGCUACCUCGCCAUCGUGCAGGUCGAGGCAUCGCGUCGGUGUCGCAACGCCAGCGUGGCCAAAUGCGUGUGCGUCUCUGUGUGGCUGUUCGCCAUCGUGGUCACGUACUCCUUCCUGUCCACCGCCUUCCAACACGCCGGCUGUUGCCUCCUCUUCCUCACCUUGACCGAGUUCUUCCUCCCUCUCAUCGUCAUCGUUGCGUUCACGCUGAGGAUCGUUUGGGCGCUCGCCGAUCAUCGCCUCAUGCAGCAGAGCAGGAAGAGACGGAGGCGGGCCGUCCAGCUGCUGACCACAGUGCUGAUCAUCUUCACUGUCUGCUUCACGCCAUUCCACGUCCGACAGGUGGUGGUGUAUUUCUACCCGGAUAUGCCUCACCACGCCGUCGUCUACCAUUUGACCGUCACGCUCAGCAGUCUGAAUAGCUGCAUGGAUCCGGUGGUCUACUGCUUUGUGACUAAUAACUUUCAGGCAACUGUGAAGAACAUUUUCCGGCGAGCAGGCAGUGGUGACGUCGUCGGCAUGCAGCACAGCGCCAAAGCCUCAGGAGGGGAACCAGUCACCGCUGUCCCUAAUAAUGUGAUCACGACUCAACCGCCACAUUCUUGAACAGCGUCGAUGCAGCAAAUGUAAUUGUUUCAUUUUGAGAAUGACGAGACUCAGUACUGGGCAGACAUUUUAAAAUUGCAGAAGAAUGCAAAGCUGUGAAGAUCAUCUGUCGCCAUUGACAGAGGAAUAUCAUGGAAGGCGGAGGGAUAAAAGACGGCAAUAUAAAACUGUUCCUUUUUGGAUUAAUAUUCUUGGUUUGGAUUAUCACAAGACAACGUCAAGGAACUA